CCAGAAGCGGCUAGUUCAACUCGACAGAGGCUAACAACAACAACAAGUGUUUUUUACUCUCAAAAAUGCUAUUUUGGCUGUAAGAAAAUACAACGCUCCACUUGUUGGCUUUUUAAAUUGUAGUCUGAAGACGGUUUGGAACGAGUUAGCCUUCUUUGAGCUCGAUCGACAGUAAACUUGUUUGAUGAGCUGCUAGGUAACUUAGCUAAAGAUUUUGUUGUGUUAGCUCAUUCCUCCCAAUUUUCCUGAACGUUUAACCUAAUGUGACAACAGUUUGUUUUGUUAGUUAACAGACUUGAUGUUGAACAGCUCACAGACAGUACAAGCAGGUAAAUAACUUUGGCUCUAUGUCGUCGUUAUGGGGGACAAGGAGCUGAGUCUUAUAGACAAGAAUAUAACAAGUUUGCUGGAUAUUCCCCUGAGUCCCACUGUAACAUCACUCAAUCUGCACUGCAAUCACAUCCCGAGGAUCGAGGGCCUGACCUCAGCUUGGCACCUGCGGCACUUAGACCUUUCUUCCAAUUGCAUUUCUAAGAUUGAGGGUCUAAGUUCCCUCACUUCCCUGAGGACAUUAAAUUUAUCCUGUAACUUAAUCACCAAGGUUGAAGGACUGAAUGGCCUUGUGAACCUAACAAGAUUAAACUUGUCCUACAAUCAGAUAAAUAACCUUACUGGGUUGUUGUAUCUUCAUGGCACGGAGUACAAGCUGAAGCACCUCAGUCUCCAUAGCAACCACUUGGAUCGCAUCGAUCAUCUGCUGCAGUGCCUGCUGGGAUUGCAAGGUUUAAGAGAGUUGACUUUGAGCCAGGAUGGCAGAGACAACCCUGUGUGCAGGUCACCAGGAUACAGGGAGAUUGCUAUGCAGUCGUUGCCACAGAUCUCCAUCCUGGAUGGCCUGGACCAGCUGGGAAAUCCAUCUCAUCUAGGUCAAGGCGGUCUCUGUGAUAUCCCUGGUCUGGAGGACUAUGUGGACCUUCUGCUCUCCUCAGAUACAAGUCACAAUGAAGCUGUUAGAGGGGAUGGCCCUCUCACCACACCCCGCAUUGAUGAGGUUUUGACCCAGUUUCGUCAGCGGAUUGCCUCUGAAGCAAUCGCAGAUCCAGCCCCACAGCCAGAUCGCCAGUGCUUCCAGCCUGUUCAUUCUACUGUGGCUGAUCCAGCAGACCCUGUUAAUGAACAACGCAUCAGAAAACUGGAGCACCAGGUGUCCCGGCUCAUCCAGCAGGCCCCUGCAGGUGACAAAUCCAGUGGCUCUACUCAUUCUGUGGUGACGGUGCAAAAACCCAAGAGGGACACAGACCGCACGUCAGAGAGUGAAUGUGACAGCGGCAAGGAGAACAGGAGGCGCACCAGGAUCCCCAAACAUCGUAACAACAUAACAACGAGGGCGACCAGCAAGGAGACCAAAGGCAGGAGAUCAGACAGCGAUCAGGAGAAUCAUAAACAGAGGAUUUCAAAGUCUGCUCUGGGGCCCAGGAGGAAGCCUGGCAUCGCAGGGGGUGUGGACACAGCGGGACCAGCAAGGAGAGGACCUUUGAGAACUGCUAAGGCUGCAGGCGAUGUGAAAAGCAAGUCCGCUGAGGAGGAGGAAACCUACAGGACUAUUGUAGAGGAGCGUGACCAGGAAAGGGAGAGACGCUGGAAGGCUGAGCAGGCAGUGAGGAAACUAACAGAGGAGUUAAAGAGCCUGCAGACAAAGGUCAGCGAGGAAAAGGAUCUUCAGAGCAUGGCCCUGCACACCACAGACCGACUGAAAGAAUUGUUGCUCAAGGAGCGAUCGGGGCGCUCUGAACUGCAGACUCGUGUUGAGGAGCUGGAGGGGAGGUGUCAGUCCCUAACCCAGCAGCUGGAGCAGGCCCGCAGCAGCGAAGAACAUCACAAGACUGCACUGCACAGACUGGAGGAAAGCAUCUCCCAUGGAGAGGCACUCAGAGCUCGCCAGCAGGCUGAAGAGAUGAAGCGACACCAGGAGCUGGAGAACAAGGCAGCAGCUCUGAAGAGGGAGUUGGACAUUCAGAGAGCCUCAGUACGCCAGCACAAAGACAAACUGCAGCAGCUGCACGAACUGCUCGCAUCCAGGGAGCAAGAGCACAGAAAACAGCUGGAGUUGCGGUUGCAGCCUGGUGGGGCAGAUUUCUGUGAGGCAGUAGCGAAAGAAGUUGCAUCAGUGGAACAGAGACAUGCUCACAGGGAGGCAGAGCUGCAGGAGAAAGUGGCAGAUGGCAAGACGCAGUACGCUGCUCUGGAGGACGAGUUCCGCAUGGCACUAACCAUCGAGGCUGCUCGCUUCUCUGAGGUGAAGGAGGCUUGUGAUCAGAUGACUGCAGAGCUGAUGGAGCUCAGGGCGACCCUCGCUGAGUCACAGCAGAGGGAGAAGAAAUCAGGCUCUCUGGUGCAGGAGCUCACAGCCAUGGUCAAAGAACAGAAGACCCGCAUCUCUGAGCUCAUCAAAGCCAAGCGAGACGCUGUCGCUGAUCUAAAGAGCCGUCUACAUUCCUUGGAAGCAGAGGUGGAGCACGACCGGCGUCUCGGCCUGCAGCUUGAGUUGCUGAAGAAAGACAAGGCGCGACUGUUGUCUCAGCUCACAGCUCAGGAGUCGGUGAUAGACGGCCUCAGGGCAGAGAGGAGGAUUUGGGGCCAGGAGCUCGCUCAGCAAGGAGUGUCUUUAGCUCAGGACCGUGGACGCCUAGAGGCAAGGAUAGAAGUGCUGACUACUGAGCUGGAGACACAGAAGAAACAGAAUGAGAGGGACAAUGAUACCAUCAAGAUCAAAGCCAAAGUCAUUGAUGACCAGACAGAGACCAUCCGCAAGCUCAAAGAGGCCUUGCAGGAGCGUGAUGAUCACAUCCGUAGGCUGCGUGAGGAGGCAGUCCAGGCCCAGAAGAGAUUCCAGCAGCAGCAGGAGGAGGAAACAGCCCAGCAGGCUGAGCUGAGAGAACGGCUGGAACAUCUCAGCCUGCGCAAGGAGGAGCUGAAACAGCAGCUGGAGGACAAAGAAGCAGAGCUCGAGGACAUCAAAAGAGUUUACAGUGAGUCCUGUAAGAAGUGGCAGGAGAAGGCAGACCUGCUCACUCGGUUGGAGAGUCAGGUGAAGCGCAUGAAGGAGAACUUUGAUUCCAAGGAACACUCGCUGCUGGAAGAACGAGAUAAAGCAACAGAAGCACACAAAGCUGCUGUAGAGAAGUUACACUGUGUGGACGAUGCUUUUCGUCGACAACUGGAAUCUGUCCAGGCCGCCCAUCAAGCUGAGCUGCUGCGACUGGCUACUGAAAAGCAGAAACACAUAGAACAAGCCAAUCAGAAGGUAUUUGAAGUGGAAGAGGAGAUGCGUCAGCUCCUGGAGGAGACGGAAACUAACAAGAGAAUCAUGGAAGAGAAAAUGAAACGUCUCACAAGUGUACUAAAAGACUUUUAAUCCAUUAAAUAUAUCUUGCUUUGCAGCUACAAAAAUGUAUCUUUAAAACAGUGGAAGAGUUUUUUUAAAACAAUUACAAUUUUAUUUUUUUAUGUUAAGUUAUUGCAUUUUAAUAUACCAAGAUUUAACUAAUAAAUUGUCUCUUGAUAAUGUUUUUAUUUUCUUUUUUAGUACAUAUAAUAAAAUAGAGUUUACACUAAUUGAAAAU